UGCUUCUCUUCUGCCUAGGGGAGCACAGUCAACAUGAACACCAUGACCUGGAUAUACUCCAGAGUUCAAGACCUUGUGGGCUAUACCGGUCCUACUACUCUUGGGCUGACUCUCAUGAUAGGGAGUGUCACAUGUCUCUUCUCACUCUGCUGUGCAUUAAUUCUGGCUUACCUGGACAGGAGAGCAGAGAAGCUGCUUUGUAAAGAGCAAGGCAAAACAGGUGAAGUGAUUAAGCUCACUGAUGUGAAGGACUUCUCUCUGUCCUUGUGGCUUAUAUUUGUCAUCUGUGUCUGUUACUAUGCUGCAGUCUUUCCUUUCACUGGACUUGGAAAUGUGCUCAGUGCUAAUGUCUGCUGGUUGGGUUACAGGGUUUUCUUUAUUGAGAAAUUCAAUUUCUCACCUCAAGAAGCAAGUGCAAUUAACAGCAUUGUCUACAUCAUCUCAGCACCCAUGUCCCCAGUCUUUGGAUUGCUGGUGGAUAAACUUGGCAAGAAUAUCAUCUGGGUUUUGUGUGCUGUUGUCACCACACUUGCUUCUCAUAUGAUGUUGGCCUUCACUUUCUGGAACCCCUGGAUAGCAAUGUGUUUGCUAGGAGUGGCUUACUCCUUGCUUGCCUGUGCCCUGUGGCCCAUGGUGGCCUUUGUUGUUCCAGAACACCAGCUGGGAACUGCUUAUGGCUUCAUGCAGUCCAUCCAGAACCUUGGCCUGGCCAUCAUUGCCAUAGCAGCUGGGAUGAUCCUGGACACCAAGGGAUACCUGUUCCUUGAAGUCUUCUUCAGUGCCUGUGUUUGCUUGUCACUAACAGCUGUGGUCAUGCUGUACUUUGUGAAUCACCUCACAGGUGGUGAGCUCAACUGGUCUGCAAAGAAAAGGGAAAAAAUGCAACAGGUAGCUGCAACUGAAAAAGAAAUUUGAAUAGGAAAAUAUCAUCCAGAAGUGGGGCAGCACUUGAUCAGCAGCAGGAGCAGCUUGAAGAAUGAGAGUGUGUGGUGGGAGUUUGGUCACUCUGUGCUCUAGCCCUUGGGAAAAGAAGCUAACACCCUAGGGGGAGUGACAAGUUCAAUCUGAUGCUGUUGUAACCCGAUUUUAACUACUGCUAAAUCAUCUUCUCAUUUACACACAGUGGGGUCUAGAAUCACAGGACAGUUUGGGUUGGAAGGGAUCUUCAAGAUCAUCCAGUUCCAACCCUCUGCCACGGACAGGGACACCUCCUACUAAUUCAGGUUGCUGAAGGACUCUUCUAAACUGGCCUCCAGGCUUGGAACCUGCAACACAGCUCUGAGAACUGGGGCAGUGCUGUCCCUAGCACUUUGGGCUGAUCGAUGCACAGAACAUGUGAAGAAAAAGCCCCUGCCGUGAAUAAAUGAGCUCACAUGCGAACCACUGCCACAGCUCAGGGCUGGGGAGGGCUCUCUGGCUCCACUGGACCGUCCACCUGCUUCCCCUCUCCAGCUCUUUCCCUUCAGACCCGCAGCCACUUCAUUGAGGCGCAUGGUGUUGAAGCUCUGUCGCUGCAGAGGGCACUGCAGCCUCAGCCGAAAGUGUUCACGAGGAUGCUCAGAGGGCUGGAGCUGCUCUGCUGUGAGGCCAGGCUGAGACAGUUGGAGCUGUUCAGUUUGGAGAAGAGAGGGUUUCCAGGAGACCAUAUUGUGGCCUUCCAGUAUCUGAAGUGGGCUAAAAGAAAGCUGGGGAAGGACUUUUUAGGGUGUCAGGUAGUGAUUGGACCAGGGGGAAUGGAUCCAAGCUAGAGGGGAGAUUGAGAUUAGACAUUAGGAAGAAGUUCUGCAGCAUGAGGGUGCUGAGACACUGGCACAGGUUGCCCAGGGAGGUGGUGGAAGCCUCAUCCCUGGAGGUGUUUUAAGCCAGGCUGGAUGUGGCUCUGAGCAUCCUGAUCCAGUGUGAGGUGUCCCUGCCUAUGGCAGGGGGUUGGAACUGGAUGAGCUUUGAGGUCCCUUUCAACCUAAACCGUUCUGUGAUUGAGAGCUUUGUUUGGGUCUGUCUUCAGAGCAAGAGCCACAGAUGCUCUGGACAAGUAUUGCCUCUCUUGCAAGAGACUUAACCCCGAGGCUGCUGAGCAGUCUUUUUUUAUUUGCAUUUUUGAGUCUUUUUUUUUGUUGCUAUUGUAACCUUUCUCCUUUGAAGGAGUGAAAAUAAAGGGAUGGUAAAAAACCAAAACAAACCUGUAACAAGAGCUGACUGAGCACAUUGUAAUCUGUGAGGUUUCUCUUCCUACCCCACCUAAAUAAAAGGAAACUGCAGAAAA